AACUGUUUGAAGAAUCCUAUUAUUCUUUGUAAUUCAUCGUUCAACAGUGAUGUCACUAUUCUAAUAAAUUAAACCUGUCGUACACAUAAAUUCAAUACAUUCUGGUCAUUGUAGAUUUAUGCAAUGGCAAAUUCAAACGCUGGUGUUUGUGCUAUAAAAGCAGAAUUUGUGGUACAACGGCCGGAGAAGAACAAUCAACUUAACAAUCCCAACACGAACAAACAUAAACUUACUGAUGAAGAAGGUGACCACAAUGGAAUUGACAACAAAAAAACUAAGAAUGAAGAAAACGGUCAAAAGCUUAAGACCAAAAGCAGAGGACAAAAUAAAGGUCGACCUAAGACCUUCCAAGAUGACAAAACGCACAAACCGUGUCCCAGUAUUAUAGAUUUAAAAUCGUCCGAUGAAUACACGCCGUGUCAAUAUAACAAUUGUAAAUUCAUGCAUAAUGCUGUUGAAUAUCUACAAUCGAAACCUAAAGAUAUUGGGGACCAAUGCCAUGUCUUCAACCUACGUGGCAGGUGUCAGAGAGGAAUUUCUUGUCGUUUUGGAACCAACCACAUCACUCCCGAGGGCUACAACAUAGUGAAUGAAGAUAAAGUUCAAGCUUGGAAAGAUGACACAAAGAACACGCUUCAAUCUGUGUUACAGGUUUCAUUGCAGAAGAAGAAAUAUGAUUUGAGUUUUGCCGAAAAAUUGGUCAAAGCCAUGGACACUAGAAACAGAAAAGGCGAAGAAACCAUUCACAUGAGUCUAAGUCUUACUGAAGCAAUAAGUACUAAUACUGAAACUUUAAGCACAGAAGAUUCAAGUGUUGAAUCAGCUCCAAAUAAUUGUAAAAAUCAUGAAUCCAAUAAAAAAUCAUACAGUGGAACUAUUAUUGAUGAGGACUUAAUUAAACUCCUUCCUAAAGAAAAGAUAAGUAUAGACUGGCAUGACAAACUUUACUUAAGCCCGUUAACUACAGUAGGUAAUCUACCUUUUAGAAGAAUAUGUAAAAGCUAUGGUGCAGAUAUCACAUGUGGAGAAAUGGCUCUAUGUGACUCACUCCUUAAAGGAGCAAAACAAGAAUGGGCCUUGGUCAAAAGACAUGAGUCAGAAGACUUAUUUGGGGCACAAAUAUGUGGAAACAAUGUUUACAUUAUUAGCAAAGUAGCACAAUUGCUACAAGAAAACACAGAGCUAGAUUUCAUUGACUUAAAUUUAGGUUGCCCCAUCGAUUUUGUAUACAAACAAGGAGGAGGUAGUGGAAUGAUGCACAGGCUACCUACACUUGAGGCCUCAGUAAGGUGCGCUUCUACUUUGCUAAGCAUACCAUUCACAGUAAAAAUGAGAACUGGAGUAUAUCAAAAUAAGAAAAUUGCACACACUAUAAUGCCCAGGGUUAGGGAUUGGGGUGCAUCACUCAUUACUUUGCAUGGAAGGUCAAGAGAAGGACGAUACACUAGGUCUGCGGACUGGGAAUACAUAGAAAAUUGUGCAAAAUUAGUUUCACCUUUUCCUGUUUUUGGUAACGGAGACAUAAUGAGUUAUAAAGACUAUGUAGAAAAAAGAGAAAUGGCCCCUUCUGUUCAAGGAGUCAUGAUAGGUAGAGGAGCACUUAUCAAACCUUGGAUAUUCACUGAAAUAAAAGAGCAGAAACUAUGGGAUAUUUCAAGCAAGGAAAGAUUUGAAAUUCUACAAAAAUACACAAAUUAUGGUCUGGAACAUUGGGGUUCUGAUACUCAAGGUGUAGAGAAUACGCGCCGAUUUUUACUCGAAUGGUUAUCGUUUUUGUAUCGGUAUGUGCCCGUGGGACUUCUGGAAAGGCCUCCACAAAAAAUUAAUGAACGACCACCUACCUAUAUUGGUAGAGAUGACUUAGAAACACUAAUGGCAUCUAACAACUGCACUGAUUGGAUAAAAAUCAGUGAAAUGUUAUUGGGUCCAGUGCCAGAUGGAUUCCAAUUUUUACCAAAGCAUAAAGCUAAUUCUUAUUAAUAAUAAUUUACCUUUAUAUUGCAAAUUUUAUUUUAAAGAAUAUGUAAUACAUAAAAUUAAUGUCUCUUUACUUACCUAAAAGCUUGGUGACGCCCAAAGUAAUGUUUUCAUAGAAAGAAUCUUCAGAGACUAGAUCCACACAAAAGCUCAUUAUUUACUGCAAA